GGAAGCCGAGCCUUGAGGCGGACGCGCCGCCCUGGAGCCACCGCCCCCUCGCCGCUCGGCCGCUGCGUGGGGACCCGGACCGCGGCGGCUCCGGGUUACCCUGAUGAUCCCGGGCUGGCGGCGGCGGCCGAAGCGGAGGGAGGAUGACCGCUCCCCGGGAGCGGAGUGCCGACCUGGCUCGUUUCUACACUGUCACCGAACCCCAGCGACACCCGAGGGGCUAUACGGUGUAUAAGGUCACCGCCCGGGUUGUUUCACGAAGAAAUCCAGAGGAUGUCCAGGAGAUAAUCGUAUGGAAGAGAUAUAGUGAUUUUAAGAAACUGCACAAAGAACUAUGGCAAAUUCACAAAAACUUGUUCCGACAUUCAGAAUUGUUCCCUCCGUUUGCUAAAGGAAAAGUGUUUGGGCGAUUUGAUGAAACUGUUAUUGAAGAGAGAAGACAGUGUGCUGAAGACCUGCUACAGUUCUCUGCCAAUAUUCCAGCUCUUUACAACAGUAAACAGCUUGAGGAUUUUUUUAAGGGUGGAAUAAUUAAUGAUGGUUCUGAAUUAAUUGGUCCUGCUGAAGCUCACUCAGAGUCCUUCAUUGAUACCUUUCCUGAGUAUAGUACAGAAGGCUUCUCCAGUGACAGUGAUCUGAUAUCUCUUACUGUUGAUGUGGAUUCUCUUGCCGAGUUAGAUGAUGGAAUGGCUUCCAAUCAAAAUUCUCCCAGUAGAACUUUUGGUCUCAAUCUUUCUUCGGAUUCUUCAGCAUUAGGGGCUGUUGCUUCUGACAGUGAACAGAACAAAACAGAAGAAGAACGGGAAAGUCGUAGCCUCUUUCCUGGCAGUUUAAAAUCUAAGCUUGGCAAGAGAGAUUAUUUGGAGAAAGCAGGAGAAUUAAUAAAGCUGGCUUUAAAAAAGGAAGAGGAAGACGACUAUGAAGCUGCUUCUGAUUUUUAUAGGAAGGGAGUUGAUUUACUCCUAGAAGGUGUUCAAGGAGAGUCAAGCCCUACUCGCCGAGAAGCUGUGAAGAGAAGAACAGCGGAGUAUCUCAUGAGGGCAGAAAGUAUCUCCAGUCUUUAUGGGAAGCCGCAGCUGGAUGAUGCAUCUCAGCCUCCAGGAUCACUAAGUUCAAGGCCCCCUUGGAACCUAAGGAGCCCUGCCGAGGAGCUGAAGGCCUUCAGAGUCCUUGGGGUGAUUGACAAGGUUUUACUUGUAAUGGACACAAGGACAGAACAGACAUUCAUUUUAAAAGGUCUAAGGAAAAGCAGUGAAUACAGCAGGAACAGAAAGACCAUCAUCCCCCGCUGUGUGCCCAACAUGGUGUGUCUGCACAAGUACAUCAUCUCUGAGGAGUCCGUAUUUCUUGUGCUGCAGCAUGCAGAAGGUGGCAAACUCUGGUCAUAUAUUAGUAAAUUUCUAAACAGAAGUCCUGAAGAAAGCUUUGACAUUAAGGAAGUGAAAAAGUCCACACUUACUGAAGUUCACCGGCAGCAGCCAACUUGUAGUUCUCAGGACAGUGGCAGCUUUGAAUCCAGAGGAAGUGAUGGGGGAAGCACACUUAAAGUUCUGCCUCUGAAGACUAGUCUUACUCCAAGUUCUCAAGAUGAUAGCAACCAGGAAGAUGAAGGCCAAGACAGCUCUCCAAAAUGGCCAGAUUCCGGUUCGAGUUCAGAAGAAGAAUGCACUACUAGUUAUUUAACAUUAUGCAAUGAAUAUGGGCAGGAAAAGAUUGAACCAGGGUCUUUGAACGAGGAGCCUCUCAUGAAGACUGAAGGGAAUGACAUUGAUACCAAAGCCAGUAGGAGCUUUCCAGCACAUCUUGCUGCUGACAGUGACAGCCCUAGCACUCAGCUGAGAGCCCACGACCUGAAGUUCUUCCCUGGAGAUGAGGACCCAGAAGCAGUUUGUUCUCCAAGAACCUCUGAUUCCCUCAGUAGAUCAAAAAAUAGCCCCAUGGAGUUCUUUAGGAUAGACAGUAAGGAUAGCACAAGUGAACUCCUGGGACUUGAUUUUGGAGAAAAACUGUGUAGUCUAAAAUCAGAACCUUUGAAACCAUUCUUUACUCUUCCAGAUGGGGACAGCACUUCUAAGAGUUUUAAUUCCAUUGAGAACAAGGUAGAGUUCAAAGCUCAGGACACCAUUAGCAGGGGCUCAGAUGACUCAGUCCCAGUUAUUUCCUUUAAGGAUGCUGCUUUUGAUGAUGUCAGUGGUACUGAUGAAGGAAGACCCGAUCUUCUUGUAAAUCUCCCUGGUGAACCGGAGCCAACAAAAGAAGCUGCUGGAACGGGACCUACUAAGUUUACUCAGACUAAUGUGGGCAUGGUAGAAAGCAAACUGUUGGAAGCCCCAGAUGUGUUGUGCCUCAGGCUUAGUACUGAACAGUGCCAGRCCCCUGAAGAAAAAGGCACAGAGGAACUGAGUGAUCACUCUAGGCCCAAGCCCUGUAGUAUAACUGAGACACACUAUGCGCAGGAGGAUCUUGGGGUGUUAUUUGUAGCAGCUGUUGAUCAUAGUAGUUCAGGGGACCUGCCUUUGUUACCCAGCUCAGAUGCUGAGUUGCAAGGACUUCGAGUGGCGGAGUUGGCAGUAACUGCAAACACCACAGAAGAAAGCUUAUUCUAUAUCUCUAAUCCCCUCUCAGGUGCUAAUGAAUAUAAUGCAAACACAGACACUUUAAAAACAGAGGAAGUAUUGCUGUUUACAGAUCAAGCUGAUGAUUUGGCUAAAGAGGAAUCUACUUGUUUAUUCCAGAGAGACUCUGAGAGGAAGGGAGAAAGUAUGUUAGCACUAGAAGGAGAGAAGGAAAUCCAUCAGAUUUUUGAGGACCUUGAUAAAAAAUUAGCACUAAACUCCAGGUUUUACAUCCCAGAGGGCUGCAUUCAAAGAUGGGCAGCUGAAAUGGUGGUAGCCCUUGAUGCUUUACAUAGAGAGGGAAUUGUGUGCCGCGAUUUGAACCCAAACAACAUCUUAUUGAAUGAUAGAGGACACAUUCAGCUAACGUAUUUUAGCAGGUGGAGUGAGGUUGAAGAUUCCUGUGACAGCGAUGCCAUAGAGAGAAUGUACUGUGCCCCAGAGGUUGGAGCAAUCACAGAAGAAACUGAAGCCUGUGAUUGGUGGAGUUUGGGUGCUGUCCUCUUUGAACUUCUCACUGGCAAGACUUUGGUUGAGUGCCAUCCAGCAGGAAUAAAUACCCACACUACUUUAAACAUGCCAGAAUGUGUCUCUGAAGAGGCUCGCUCACUCAUUCAACAGCUCUUGCAGUUCAACCCUCUGGAACGUCUGGGUGCUGGUGUUGCUGGUGUUGAAGAUAUCAAAUCGCAUCCAUUUUUUACCCCUGUGGAUUGGGCAGAAGUGAUGAGAUGAACACAUGCAGGAUGUUUUUCACACAUUGUGAUCUUCUCUGUACUAGGCAUCUCCAGCACAAAAGCAGUCUCGYUCAUUUAUGGAGCACCAGAGCAUUGGAUAAAGACCUUUAUUAGGAAAUCAGGGGAAGAGCCGGGGUAAAAGUGAUUCAUUUACAGUUACCACCUGGACAAGAUAUUAGCUAAUUUUGUCAGUGGGUAUUAUAUACAUGCCUUUAACCAAGGUAUGAAUUAAUUUAAUCUACAUUUAGGAUUGCAGUGCAUUGCAAACCCAACUGAAAUAGGAAUGUCCUUCAAGAAGUUCCUCUGAUUCAAAGCUCUACAUGUAGGAUUUUACUUGAAAGAAGUACCUUUACAUGGCAGCUAAGAAUGCCUUCUGCUAACCAGAUUGGUUUCUAAGACCCAAUUAAUAUUUACUGAAUAAUACACUAAAAGUGCUUCAUGAACAGUGUCAUCUGUGGGCUUAAAAAUAGGAAAAAAAUUAUAUAUGUGGAAUGUCUGAAAGGGAGCCUGUACCAUAAUGCUAUAUAGUUAAUGCAUUUGACUGUGGUCCCAGAUUAUUUCUGUGAGGAGAAGACACUUCAUGUUGUGAGCUUUGAACUUUGUUGGUUAAUACUGCUCAUUAGAGAGGGUUCAGAUAAACACUCACUUCUCUCUCAACCUCAUCUUCCCCUGUCUUCCCAUUCCUGCACCUUUUGCUUAUUCUCUCAUAUUCUGUUCUUCCUACUCUUUUUAACACAUGUGCAACAAAAAAGGGAAGGGAGUAUUUAUUCCUCAAAUUGUGUCAACAUAAUAAGAACUAAGAAAUCAUGAUAUAAAAUAAAUGUGAUAAAA